UGCACCCCGACCCUCCCCUCCUGCACCCCCGGGCCCUUCCCCUGCUGCACACCCCCGCCUUUCCCGUAUUGCACCGUGCAGCCCCCGGAACCGUUCCCCAUUGCACCCCAAGCCGCUCCCCGUUGCAACCUGCAACCCCGCGGACCCUUCUGUUGCACCCCAAACCCUGCGCCGCUACACCCCGCAGCCUCCCCAAGCCCUUCCCCUAUUGCACUCAAAUUCUGACCCGUUGCACUCUGCAGCCCCCCAAACCCUCCACUUAUUGCACCCCAACCCCUGCUCUGUUGCACCUCGCAGCCCCCUAAACCUGUUUCCUAUUGCACUCCAAACCUUUCCCCAUUGCACCCCACAGCUCCCCAAACCCUUGCACCCCAAACCCUGCUUCAUCGCACCCUUGCAGCCCCCUAAAUCAUUCUGCUGUUGCACCCCCCAAACCCUCGCCCUAGCGCACCUCUCCUGCGAGCCCUUUGCUGCUGCUGCGCCUCUCGGUGCCCCCCCAGCCACCCAUUUGCACCCCACGGCAUUACCCCCCCUCUUGCACCCUGCAGCCCAGCUCGCCCCCCUGCACCCCGCAGCCCCCCGCGCCUUUCCCCCUAUGCGCCCCAUACUCCGACCAGCCCUUCCCCUAUAGCGCCCUGCAGUCCAGCACCCCCUGGCCCCCCCAGCCUGCCGAUUCCUGCCCUUGGGCCAGCCCCCCCUGCACCCCACAGCCCAGCGACUCCUUCUCCUACCCCACCCCGGGCAUCCCCCAGUCCAGCCGCCCCUUUCCCCCCAGUAUCCCCCAAUCCAGCCGCCCCUUUCCCCCCAGUAUCCCCCAGUCCAGCCGCCCCUUUCCCCCCUCCCUCCUCCAGUCCAGUAAACCCUUCACGUAUUUCAGCUUCCCGUGCGUCGUGCAGUCCAGCCAGCCCUUCCCCUACCGCAGCCCCCCCCGCAUCCCCAAAUCCAGCGAGCUCUUCCCCUACAGCCCCCUCUACACCCUGCAGUCCAGCCGCCCCUUCCCCUAUUGUGCCCCCCCAUGCCUCCCCCAGUCCAGCAAGCCCUUCCACUACCGCAGCCCCCCCCGCCUCCCCAAGCCUAGCGACCCCUUCCAGUAUUAUUUCCCUUCCUACGCGCUGCAGUCCAGCCAGCCCUUCCCCUCCUGCGCCCCCCUGGCUGUCCCCCAGUCCAGCAGACCCUUCCCCUAUUGCACCCCCCCCUGCAUCGCCAAGGCCACCGAGCUCUUCCCUUGCUACGUGCCCCCCCAGCCCAGCAGGUCCUUCCCCUCUUACACACCCCUCCAUGUCCCCCAGUCCAGCAAGCCUGUCCCCCCCAGCAUCCCGCAGCUGCUGGGAGACCCCUUCCCGCAUUGCACCCCCCCCUGCACCCCGCAAACGCCUGACCCCCUCCCUCACCGCCUUCUCCAGCCCAGCCAGCGCCGGGUCUCACUGUCCCCCCGCCUGCAUGUCUGGGGGGUGCCCUCCCCCCCCCAAAACCCUGCGACUCCCUGAGUGGAUGCUUGAGGGUGCUGCCACCCCACUCAUCUCCCCGUCCAGCCUGCGGGACCCCCAUGGGGGAUGCUCCGGCGGCGGAGCUGGAUGCGGUACUGGGGGGCGAUGCUUGGGACGUGGGGGUGAGUUUGGAGGGUGCCCCCCCCUCCACCGGCCCCAUCCGCCUGGGGAGGAAUGUGUGCUACGUCGUCCUGGCCGUGCUCUUCAACCAGGAGGACGCGGUGCUGCUGGUGCAGGAGGCGAAACCCGAGUGCCGCGGGACGUGGUACCUGCCGGCGGGGAGGAUGGAGCCCGGUGAGAGCAUCGUGGCCGCCAUGCGGAGGGAGGUGAAGGAGGAGACGGGGCUGGAGUGCGAAGCCGUCACGUUGCUGGCGCUGGAGGAGAGGGGACCGUCCUGGAUCCGCUUCGCCUUCCUUGCACGUCCCACCGGUGGGACCCUGAAGACCCUGGAGGAGGCUGACGCCGAGUCCCUACAAGCCACAUGGUGGCCUGGGGACCCCCGUGCGCUGCCCCUGCGAGCCCCCGACAUCCUGCCCUUGCUGGACCUGGCCGCCCGCUAUCGCCGCAGCCCCCCGCACCCCGCCACGCUGCCGCGGGACCUACCCUGCACCCCGCUCUGCUUGCGGCUCCUGGUGGCCUUCACCAACCACACCGGGGACGUUUGGGUGCUGCUGGCCACGGCCGGGACUCCCCACCUGCCUGUGGUGGUUUGUGGCACGUCCCCAUCCGAGCUGCGGGGGGGUCUGCGCCGGCCUGUGCUGCAGCUGCUGGGGGGCUGCCUGCCCCUGGAUUCCUCCCCGGGACCCCUGGGGCUGCUGGGGCUGCAGCACCAGGCUGGGGGUCCUGGGGGGGCUGAUGGGAUUUGCUUCAAUGUUGUGCUGAGCAUCCCAUCCAGCAGCCCCGGGGGUGCCCCCCCCGAGCCCCGGGACCCCGCUUUUCGCUGGUGGCAGGUGGAGGAGGGGAGCAGGAGGGGACGGAUCCUGCAGCGGCUCCGUGCUGCGGCCACUGUGCCCAUCCGCAGCUAGUGCCCGGGUUCUGGGCAUGGGUGGACCGAUGGGGACACGUGGCCAGGGGUCCUGCUUGCUUUGCCAAAGGUGAGACCCCUGGGAUGUGCUGCCUGUUGCUGGAGGCAUGUUUUGGGGUAGGGGAGGCUGAGAGCCACCCGGAGCAGAAAUAAACCUGGUUGCUGCAUCUUGCA